GGUAGCUCCAAAGCACACACAGGAACCUUUUUUACACUGGGAAAAAACGCCGCAAUACAGCAUGGCGUGUCUCCACUACGCGCACAGCCAGCACCAGCACCGGCACGCCAGCUCACAGCACCACCGGCACCCAGUCUCCACCACGCGCACACCCAGCACCCAGCAACGGCACCCAGCACCGGCGCACAGCCAGCUCACAGCACCCACCACCAGCACCACAGCCAGCACCAGCAGCCGGCACCGGCACCCUGUCUCAAAAGCGCGCGCAGCGAGCUCAUUUUUUGUUGAAGUAAGAACCCCAUAGCUGUCGCUAUCUGGGGAAAAAUAUGAAAACAUCAAACCGAACCCUAGCUGUCGCUUCAAUUUGCCAGCUGGCGAUAUCCAAUAUCCAUUCGAGAAACGAUAUAUCUUUUUGGCUCCAGACCCGACGUGUUUUCACGGUUUUGGGGCGCCAGCGGCACCAUGGGUGACGAAGAAGAGCAGGUCUUUGACUUCGGAACCAAAAAGAAGAAGAAGAGCAAGGAGAAGAAGGAGAAGGCUGAAAAGGAGGAUGAACCACAGGAGGGUGACGUGAAGCUCCAAGGUGUAGAUGAUUGGACACCCGGGCCCUUGCACGACUAUGCCGAUUUGCUCAUGCGGUUGUACAAAAUCAUCGAGGAGCACAACCCGACUGUCGGUACCAAGGAGCGGUACAUCUUGAAGCCGCCACAGGUGGUGCGAGUUGGAUCCAAAAAAGUGGCUUGGGUGAACUUCAGCGAGAUUUGCGCCAUGAUGAAGCGCCCGCCUGACCACGUGCAACAGUUCGUGCUGGCGGAGUUCGGCACCGAGGGCGCCAUCGCCGGCACGGCCACCGCGCGCGCCGAGGGACAGGGCGCCGACGGCCAGUUAGUGUUGAAGGGCCGAUAUCAGCCCAAGCACUGCGAAAGUUUGCUUCGAAAGUACAUCAAGGAGUAUGUCACAUGCGAGAUGUGCAAGUCUGCCGCGACCACUCUCCGGAAGGACCCCUCCACACGGCUCACCAUGGUGGAAUGCUCCCGGUGCGGCGCCUCGCGGACAGCGGCGUCCAUCAAGGCUGGCUUCCACGCAGUGACGCGCGGCGACCGCAAGGCCGCCAAGCAGGCAAAGUAGUGGUCCGUUCACCCCCGGCGGAAGGCCCGGCGUCAGCCUGCGGCGGAGCGCAGCACGGAUGGUCCCCGCGCAACCCAGAGAGAAAAAGGACGGCACGCCCGUGGAGCAACGGGUUCGGGGUGGGCUUCGUCGGGGAGUUGGGCGUUUGUCCGCCAGCUGCUGAUGGUUUUGGUGAGAAAAGAAACAAACAGCACCUUGGACCUUGAGCAAACCCCGAAGCUUGGACAGAAAGCACCUGGCCCCUCAGAGUAGCAAGGUAUGAGGACUUCCCAAAGUGUGACUCACUCAAUGCCUGAGUAAAGACCUAGAGACUGUAGAGGUUGGUGAAUGUGUUGCUAGGGAAGGUAGUUCACUUCUAAACUGUUUCCGGAAACUCCAACAGGUUCUCACCAGUCAGACUCUCGCAAGCGCACCGUUUGGAGAUGGAAUGUCCAUUGGGGAUGAACGACCAAGAGUUCUCCCCAGUUCCAAAAAUGUGUGGAUCGGAGCAUCUUUGAGCUUUGAGUCCAGGCGGACGUCCCAGCCACCGAACUCGAAGCGGUUCCAGCCGUUGAGCUGGGGAGAGGAGGAAAGCUGGUCCGUUCAGCUGGUCUUGCCAUCCUUUUUCAUGUUUGCUUGAUUCCAUAAGCCGUAUCAUAAGCUCCAUUGUGGACCCCAUUUACUGGCCCGAGGUGGUCCGAAGCAAGCUGCUAGCUGCCAGACCGCAGCACUGAGAAGCAGAAGGAGACCCAGUGCGAAACAGUGAUGGGACAAUUCGUUUG